CACCCAGCAGUCCCUGGUUGGGUCGUUGGGGUGGGGGUGCAGACACACCAAGGGGCGGUUUGGUAUCCAUCCGCUGCUCUCUCCAGCACUGCUCUUCCCAACCUCCUGAUCCUGUCCUCUGCCCGGGCCCCCAGCCGCCCGCCGGUCCCAUAUAUUAUAGCAACGCCAGAAAUGUGGUGGUGGUCGCCACGUUAGGGUCCGCGGGGUCCUCCUGAGGCAGCCUGUUGCCAACCCGCAGGCCCAGGCUGGGGCUCGUCAUGGCCCCGCCCACCUCUGGGUCGGAACUAAGGUGGGCCUGGGAAGGGGCGCCGAGCACUUUCGCGCCGUAUCCCUCCGCCCCACUUCCCGACACCCUCGCGGAGAGCGGUGUUUGCAGAAUCCUGCGCAGCCCCUGCCCAGUUUGGUGCAGAGGCGUCGGGGGCGGGACGCGUCUUUGCCAUUCGGAUCGCGGGGAAAGCGGUGAGAAUCCAAGUGAGGAGCCGCCAGAGGAGAGCUGAGGAGAGGAGGGGGAGGUCGACGACCUGGGCCCUGGGCCUCUGAAGGCAAGUGGAGGUGCGUGAGGUUGGGGUGGUCCGCCAGGGUGGACCGACUGGCAGCCUGCCCCGCCGACCCUGACAGCCUGGCAAGGAGGAGACGAUCCGGUCGGAGUCGGGCGCCGGAGAGAGGUGCGCAGUGCCCGAGACCCCUGGCGAUUGGGAGGCGGUGACCGGUGCAGGCCGGGCCAGGCCAGGCCAAGGGCCGAGGGGCUGGCUUGAGAGGCACCGUCAGAUCGUCUGGAGGAGAACCGCGCUGACCGCUUCCCAGCCAGCUUUGCAGGCGCAGGCGCCCCGCCCUCUACGGUGUCUGUGCCCGGAAAGGGCUGUGGGGGAGCUCCUGCGGGAGAAAUGGCGGAGCGGGAGCCAUUGUGGGGGGCGCCCGGGAAGGUCGGUGGGGGCCGGCGUCCCAGCUCUGUGCCCAGCCCACGAGAGGUGGGCCGCGUUCGCUACUUGGGGCCCUGAUUCCGGAAAGGGGCCUGUGGGACCCUGUGUCUUGGGUGCUGUCCCUUCCCACAGGCUCCAGGUGGUUGUCAAAGUCUCCUGCCUGCGUGGUAGGUCUGUUGGGUUCUCCAAAAGUGGAACUUUGAGUGGGUAAAUUAUGAAGACACUAAAAUGAAAUGUUUAACUGCCUUUUAAUACCGCACUGUUUUAUUGCCUUACAUAUUUAGAUCCCCACAUCCAGUUUUGUGCAAGCAAAUAGGGUGUGGACUUGGUCGAAUUUCACAACAGUGGUCCAUGUAAAUAACACGGUAGUAUUUUUCCACCUUUCUUGUUCAGGAUCUGUUUUCUCAACAUGCUGAUCCACUUUAAGUAAUGUAAUGAUGUGUGAGAAUGUGGGUUCCGAGUAGAGGGGAAAUCUUUUUGAAGGGGUCAAUUUAGAACAUUUGAAGUCAGUCUGCUUCUUCAAUUUAUGGUUCUGGAAACCAAAACUCCAUCUCCAGCCACUCCUCACAGACUCUAUCAUUUUGGUACAGAAAUAGUCCCACAGAAGAAUUCAUGGCAUUUCUGAUGGUGGAUAUCUGAGGAGCUAUGAGAGUUGGGAGACUUUAUUUACUUAGUUUCUGAUUCUCAAAAAGGAGGUGUUAGAAUCCGAAUUCUGGGAAUCUGUCCAUUAACCUGCUAUUUUUCUACCAUUGUUAACAUAGUCUCUUGGGGUUAUUUUUUGCUAAUUGCUCCGCCUUCUUUUUGUAGGGCGUGACUCUUCUUUGGUGGGAAGGAUAGCAUCUCCUGAGAACCCGUGCUGUAUGAGCAGGCUGACAUAGGUGGUGAAUAAAGUAGGAUCUAAGAAAGGAGCUGUAACUUCUAUUGGGAAAAUGACUGACUUCAAAGUUGGCAGGAGGUGUAAUCAGGCUGCAGGUCUUGGGGUGAUUAGGGAAUCAUUGAGGAAGAGCAGACAGAUGGGAGACAUUUAACAUAGCCUUGAAUAUUCAAAAUCAUAUGUUAUAACCCUUGUUAUGGGCAUUAGGUCAUCUUAGUCUCUUCUGUUUUCUUUCCUCUGCCUUCCUUUCUAUCCUUAGGUCUGUUCCUUUCUAGGUUCCAGUAGAGAUCUGUAUGUAGCUGUUCACUUGGAAGUUAAUUAAGAAAGAGAACAAAAACUAUUCAUUUGGAUUCAAGGUCCAUCUCCACUGGUGGCUGUGGUGGCUUUGGAUUGUUGGAAGACCAUCACCUUCAGCAGGUCUGCACUUGGGAACAAUCAUUCUCCCCCAGCCCGAGCGUGCCUCUGCCCUCUGUAUCAUUGACAGAGGCUGUAUGUUUGGAAAGAGAACUUUGUGACUGCAGAACUGAUAGUUGACUCUAAUUCUUGCUACCAAGUUUUUCCCUGACCCAGUGAAAGAGUGUUAAGACUUCGACCUAGGACACAUUGAGAACCAAGGCCAAGACUGGACAGGGCCAUAUAACUGGGCUUCAACCAUGACUGGGACUAAGAAUAAGACAAGAGCCCAGGCCAAAACUGAAAAAAAGGCUGCUAUACAAGCUAAAGCUGGAGCAGAGAGGGAGACUACUGGUGUUGUUAGGCCUGUAGCCAAGACUAGGGCCAAAGCAAAAGCCAAGACAAGGUCUAAGACAGAUGCAGUAGCAGAGAUGAAGGCAGUGUCUAAGAACAAGGUUGUUGCUGAGACAAAGGAAGGAGCUCUGUCAGAGCCUAAGACUCUGGGCAAAGCCAUGGGAGAUUUCAGUCCCAAGGCUGGGAAUGAGUCCACCAGCUCCACAUGUAAAAAUGAGACUGGUACUGAUGCCUGGUUCUGGGCUGGGGAAGAGGCCACUAUCAAUUCCUGGUUCUGGAAUGGAGAAGAGACUGGUAAUAGUUCCAGCACUAAGAAUGAUAAACCUGAAAUUGGUGCCCAGGUCUGUGCUGAGGAGUUGGAGCCUGCGGCUGGAGCCGAUUGCAAACCUAGGUCAGGGGCUGAGGAGGAGGAGGAAGAGAAUGUUAUUGGGAACUGGUUUUGGGAAGGAGAUGAUACUAGUUUUGACCCUAAUCCUAAACCUGUGAGCAGGAUAGUUAAGCCUCAGCCUGUGUAUGAAAUUAAUGAAAAAAAUAGGCCCAAGGACUGGUCUGAGGUAACUAUCUGGCCCAAUGCCCCUGCUGUAACUCCAGCUGUGUUAGGAUUUAGAUCCCAGGCACCAUCUGAGGCAAGCCCUCCUUCAUAUAUUGUUCUGGCCUCCGCUGAAGAAAAUGCCUGUUCUUUGCCCGUGGCAACAGCUUGCCGCCCUUCUAGGAACACUCGCUCAUGCUCACAGGCUAUCCCUGAGUGUCGUUUUGAUUCUGACCCCUGCAUCCAGACCAUAGAUGAGAUUAGACAUCAAAUCAGGAUCAGGGAGGUAAAUGGGAUUAAGCCAUUUGCUUGUCCUUGCAAAAUGGAAUGCUAUAUGGAUUCUGAGGAAUUUGAAAAACUUGUUAGCUUACUUAAGUCAACUACUGAUCCUCUUAUUCAUAAAAUAGCACGGAUUGCAAUGGGUGUCCAUAACGUUCACCCAUUUGCCCAAGAGUUUAUUAACGAAGUAGGUGUAGUGACACUUAUUGAAAGCUUGCUCAGUUUUCCUUCCCCUGAAAUGAGAAAAAAGACUGUAAUUACUCUGAAUCCUCCUUCUGGGGAUGAGAGACAACGCAAAAUUGAAUUACAUGUUAAGCAUAUGUGUAAAGAAACCAUGUCAUUUCCUUUGAACUCACCAGGACAGCAAUCUGGAUUAAAGAUACUAGGACAACUGACUACUGAUUUUGUCCAUCACUACAUUGUUGCCAAUUACUUUUCAGAGCUUUUCCAUUUGCUGUCCUCAGGAAAUUGCAAAACCAGAAAUCUUGUUUUGAAACUACUUUUAAAUAUGUCUGAAAAUCCAACUGCAGCCAGAGACAUGAUCAAUAUGAAGGCAUUGGCAGCAUUAAAACUCAUCUUUAACCAGAAAGAGGCAAAAGCCAAUCUUGUUAGUGGUGUGGCCAUAUUUAUUAACAUAAAGGAGCAUAUCAGAAAAGGCUCAAUUGUAGUUGUUGAUCACUUGAGUUAUAAUACACUCAUGGCCAUUUUCAGGGAAGUUAAAGAGAUUAUUGAAACAAUGUAAAACGAGCCAGAGAUAGAACAUUUUGAGCCAUCUCCAAACUCUAGCAGGCUGUACAUUACAGUGUACACAUUAUACACUGCAUCUUUAACACAGAGUCACCUGUGACAGGCUCUAGGUUUGAGCUAGACUAUUUUGGGAGUAUCAAAUGAAUAUUAUACCUUGGGCUGAAAAUGUUUGAUUUUUAUCUUGUCUAGAUUGGCAUAUUUUUAACAUUUUACUUAAGAUAGCAAACCAGUUCGUUUUAAGUAAGCUAACUUGUUCAUUAGUAUCUGCUUAGAUACAUCUGUGGCUUAAAAGGGCAAAAAAGAAAAUAUCCUUGAGUUUGUAAUCUAGUUACAGAAGUAAGGCAUACACACACACACAAAGAUAACAGUACCUAGAGAGAGAGUGUGUGUGAGUGUGUGUCUCUGUGUGUGCACGUGCACGCUCAUGGCCAAAUGUGUGCACUCUACAUAAAGGAGGCAGGAGUUGCUAUAGGCUAUUUAAUGUAAGAGAAACUACUAUUUUUCUCCUGUUCCAGCUGUAUCAGAUACUCGUUCUACAACACAGAAAUGACUCAGAAUCUCAGACAAAAUGUAUUAUUUGUUCAAUUUUAAUUUUGCUACCACAUUCAUAACUCUUAAAUUGUUAGGCUGUUUCGUUUACAUCAAAGUUAUCUCACAAAAGAGAAGGCAGGAAACGUUUUGUGAGUGCCUAUUCUAUGUCAAACACUGUGUUGGCACCAUAUUUUACAAGUUUUUUUCCUCUUCUCACAGUGAUCUUGUGAGCUAGUUACUUGUAUUUUUAUUAGAACUCAUUAUUCUGGGUACCCUCCAAUGAGAAUUAGAGAGGUUAAAUACCUUUUCCUAGAUUCCCACAGCAGGCAGGUGGCAUAGCUGUUUUGUCUGACACCAGAACCCAUCCCACCACACUGCUUUACAGUCUUCCUGAAGGACAUUUUGAGGUGGGGGGCCUUCAAAGCUCAGAGACUGGUUUUAAUGGUUUAAUUUUGCAAUGGAUCAUGUCCAUGCCAGGUGUUACAAUUCUUAACUUCCUCCAAAUUCAUGUGUCCAUUAGACAUUUGGCUACAUCUGGCUGGAGGUCAGGAGAAAAUUCUGAGGUAAAUAGAUGGAUUUUAUCUGGCAGUGUCGAAAAUAGUAGGAGCCCAAAACUUUGUUCAACGAGUAAGAUGUAGAUUUGGAGUCAUCAGCAAGGGAAACUUGUUAGAUCUCCUUUGUACCUUUUUCUAUCCAUUUGUAUUUUUUCUUUCCCAAAGAGCUGAAAUCAUUUUAUACCCUGAAUUUAAAAGGUAAUUGCUUUUUUCCUCCUUGCGAAAUCAUACCUUAAUUUUUUUUUUUUUUUUUUUUACCAUUUAUGAUUUAUUCUCCUGUGUGUCAUAUGAAAGGCCAAGGGGCUUUAUCUUUUACUAGUAGGCAAGCCUGGGCAUUUCUGCAUUUGUACCAGCUAACACUACAAAAUAGACUUAAUUAGAGAAAUUUUGACCCAGAAUUGCAGCUUCAACAACACAAAACAGGAAAGCUAGAAGAGGUUGCUGUGUCAACCUACAAGAUAGUGAUUCUUGGAAGUUGAUAUGGACCAGAAAGCAUUCCCAGGACAUUUAAGCUAUGGCUGAGUUCUCUAAGACUCAUGGUGGGAAUUAUAAUCCCUAGUCUAAGCUGAUAUGAAAGUUUCUAUGUGUGAAAAUAUGGAGUUAUAUGCUUUGAGAUUUUCUGCCAGUUAAGAAACUAAAACAAGAUCAUACUGUAAAUGUAACUUGCUUCCCCCCAGUUGUAUACUGUAAACAUCUUUGCAUGUCAAUAAAUAUGCCUCUACAACAUAUUUUUGAAUCACUUAAUAUUUUUCCUAUGUUAACAGUUGGUAUAUAGUGUUGUAAUCCUUUAUUGCAUAUUCUCAUAACAUACAAUAUACACAUUCUUUUGCAAAAAUAGGAAUACAGUAUUGAGACUUGCCUUUUCCUCUUAACAGUUAAUCUUUUCAACUUAGUAUAUAUAGAUCUGUCACAUGCUUUUUAUCUAAUAACUUUAUGGAAAUAUAAUUGCCGUACAUUAAGCUGCAUGUUGAAAGUAUACAGUGUGAUCAGUUUUGGAAUGUAUAUACACACAAAACCAUAACCACAAUCAAAAUUGUAAACACAUUCAUCACCCACCAAAGCUACUUUUUUUUUUUUUUUGAGACAGAGUCUUGCUCUGUCACCCAGGCUGGAAUACAGUGGCGCAAUCUCGGCCCACUGCAACCUCUGCUUCCCAGGUUCAAGUGAUUCUCGUGCCUUAGCCUCCUGAGCAGCUGGGACUACAGGUGCAUGCCACCACAUCCAACUAAUUUUUUUUUAUUUUUUGUAUUUUUAGUAGAGACAGGGUUUCACCAUGUUGGCCAGGCUGGUCUUGAACUCCUGGUCUCAACUGAUCUACCCACCUUGGUCUCCCUGAGUGCCAGGAUUACAGGCAUAAGCCACCAUGCCCAGCCUCCCCCAAAGCUUCUUAAUGCCCCUUUGUAAUCCCUCCCUCCUCUCUCUCCCUGUGCCCCUAACCCAGGCAAACGUGGGUCGUUUUCUGACAAAAUAGAAUUGUUUUCAUUUUCUGUAAUUGUGUAUAAAUGGACUCAUACAGCAUAUACUCUUUAGUCGGGAGGGGAUCUGGCUUAUUUCACUUAGUGUAAUUAUUUGAGAUUCAUCCAUAUCAUGUGUCUCACUAUUUCAUUGCUUUUUAUUGCCAAGUAGUGUUCCACCAUAUGGCUUUACCACAGUUUAUUUAUCCAUUCACUUGUUGAUGGACCUUUGGGCUGUUCAGAGUUUGGCCAUUAUAAGUAAAGCAGCUAUGAGCAUUUGUGUACAAGUGUUUUUAUGGACAUAGGCUUUCAUAUCUUUGGAAUGACAUCUAACAAUAUUGAAUCUUCUGACCCAUAAAUAAAAUCUCUCUCCACUUA